AACAGUAGGGGUUUUUAAUACAAUACAAAACAGUAGGGAAAUGGCCAAAUGAUGGUGGCUCAGUUGGUAGGUUCUCCGACUCGUUGGAGUAGAGACCUGGGAUCAAAAACAGUAGGGGUUUUUCUGCAAUCUGAACUGCAGUAAAUCUGUGCAAGAAGGAAGAAAAGAUGAUUGAGGUGGUAUUGAAUGAUCGACUGGGGAAGAAGGUGAGGGUGAAGUGCAACGAGGAUGAUACAAUCGGCGAUCUCAAGAAACUUGUCGCAGCACAGACGGGUACAAGAGCCGAGAAAAUUCGUAUUCAGAAAUGGUACACUAUCUACAAGGAUCACAUCACCCUCAAAGACUACGAGAUCCACGACGGCAUGGGUCUCGAACUCUACUACAGCUAGUUUCAAAGUGCAAUGUACUGAUGAACCGGAAUGAUGGAAGACAAUGCCAUCUCUUGGGCAGAAUUUGUACGUAGCAUAAUUUCUCCCUAUGGGUAAUUCGGUAAGAAGGACUACUCUGCUUAAUAUGUAAAGUAUAUUUUGUGGUUAUGGAGGCAUGAACAUCUGUGCACAAUUAUAAAUAUCUUGUGUUUUGAGUGGCUUCUCUUCUGCAACCUGCGUAUAUCUAUUGUUCAUCUCUUGGAAUUUA